GGCUUGCCUCAUGCCCUUGCCUCAUGCAUGCUCGCGCCGACGUACUAGCUCCCGACUGGUCAACGUUAACAGCGGCCCGGUCACGUGAUGCAUAAUAUCUCGAUCUUGCUGUGCAGCCUGUGGAAAGAGUUCUCGAAUUGUCAUAAUGGCAACAGCUUUCGAUCAAGAAGUUCCUCGCAAUGUUCACUUCGACCAUUCCUAGAAAUAUGCACCUCCACUGAUAUUUCUUGUGCCCUGGAUAAUUAUUUAACACGUGGGAUGAGACAAAGAUAACCGGGGGGCCGCUGUCUGAUAUUGUCUGGAUUCCUUCUUUGUUCUAAACCUCCAAUAUUCCUUUUGAUCAACGGAGAUCAUGUCCCGGACGAUGAAUUCUUCAGGCCAGCGCGCACCUGGGCAUAGCCGACAACGAUCAAGGACUUCAAGUGAUCCUGGGCAUCCAUUCGUGGCACCGCCGUUCAAAACGGCGUGGCCUGCACCAGCGCGUAGGACGACAGAGCCUAUGAAUGUCCCCUACCGGACCCCCUCACGAAACUCCUCCGUAGAACGCAUGGGGGACCCAUUUGUCCCCUCACCAGGAUCUCUGCUUGCACAGAGGGAGGUGUACUCCUUGACGAACCCUGCCAAUCCAAUAUCUCCGGGUCCUAUCUCUCCGUCACAUCAUCGGAGCUCUUCUAGACAGAGUAACAUGUCUCAAGCCCCCCUGGUACAGGAUGUACCCCAGCCGCCUAGAACGGCACUCAACACACCUCCGGUGAUACCCACACCACAGAUACCACCGUCCCAUGUCCCAAGCUUCCCUGUUCCCCAGCCAAAUUCCCCAGCCUUUACUUCGGCUUAUCAGCAUCCAUACUUCCAUGGGACGGAACAUCAGGGAUCCAGUCCCAGCAUCCGACAGGGUGUGAACCAGGGUGUGAAUGCAGCCCAGAAUACACGUCUGGGAGCACACCCAGGCACACAGAAUGCACAUCAUGGCAUGCAGCAAAAUAGCUUCCAUCACAGUCAUAGCGGCUCUCAUCAUGGUACACAACAUCGUUCUCGUUCUCAUUCGCGCCCUCCAAGUGCAGCAUCGCACAGAUAUGCGUCAAAUAUCACCCAGCCUAUGUAUGGUCAUGGUAGUUCUGUCACUCCGAACGGAUCGCGCACCUCUCUCAAUGGUACACCUCCCAAGAACCACUUAGCAGCUGCUGCACUCAGUCAUCAGAAUGCAUCAUCUCCUGACAUGUCCUCUCCCUCGAAUCGCCCUUCACUCAACUCAGGCCCAUCCAGCAGCCGUUCACGGCGCCACGGCCGCACAGUCCCUGCUGCUCAACCAGCAUCAAGGAAACAAGAGGCUCGUCCUGAGCCACCCCCUCCUAUUCCCGCAGAACAGCUUCAACGCACAACGCAGCGCCAGCCGCGGCCAAAUAUACCUGCCGGACAAGUGCAGACUCGCUAUAUGAACAUGCUUUUGGCACUUAGAUUUAUUUUAUUUCCUGGAACAUUUACGUCUUUGGAACAGGAGCAACUCAGCGGUGUGGGAGCACAACUGCUGGACGUAGUUUCUAAUAUUCCACUUUAUAUCGUCGCAUGGGUUUGUACCGGUAUUGGCGGCGUCGGUAUGAUUUGGUUGUGGUGGAGAUGGCAAUUAAAUUAUAUCUGGAUUGUGACUCGUAUCUUUGUGCCUGGCCUACUCAAUUCGCUCGCUGGUGUCAUCUCAGUACUUUCCAAUAUCUACGGCGUACAGCAUGGAACUUACAGCACAACAAGCAAGUCAGCAAUUAUUGUAACAGUUGCGGUUGCAGUCGUAUGUGGAUGUCUUAUUCUCCUUUAUCAGUUUUGGUUGCUGCGCAAUCUCAAGAAAGAACAUGACAGAGAAGUUGGUGUGGAGUAUGUUGGAAAGCAUGGCCAAGGCAUUAUGGGGGGUGAAAGGAAGUAGAGUGCAGUAUGAAAACUAUUAUGGACAAUUUGAUGGACAUUAGGUAAAUAUUACGGGUUAUUGGGAUUUUAUAUGGAC